AUGCGAAAUAUCAUCUGCACCUCCCGCGGCAUAGCCAUUUUCUUGCGUCGCAAAAGAGGUGCUUCCCGCAUUUCCAUCGCGUGUUUCCAAAGCACGCGAUAUUCGACUGUUGUAUCCGAUUGCACAGAUGAGACAAUUUCUCUUCCUGUUGGAAACAAUGGGGCCAUAUCUCUCCGAAUUACGCGACCGAGCGCGUUGAGCCAGUCUCACCAGGGGCUGUCUCCAGAACGCCCAGAUGUAAUCAUCUACCUUCCGCCUGGGCCUUUAUUGCAGGGAAAUGGCACGGACACACUUCAAAAACAUGGAAAUUCUGAAGUUGAUUACCAAAGGACUGGGGACAUAAACACCUUAGCCCCUACAGCAGGUUCACCCCAGCAUGUCCUGGCAUCUACUACAUCUGCAUUGGUAGUCACAGUCAACUACCGCCUCGGGGAGAUACCAACACAUAUCUCCCCAUCUUCAGAUAAGAGCUCCGUCUCCCAGGAGCCAAUUGAAGCCCCAGAUCAAACCCUAACAUCAAGCAACCCCCAAUCCAACUCCUACAAAUAUCCAACCCCAGUCCACGACACCCUGGCCGGAUUCGACUGGAUCCGAACUAACCUCCGACCAUCCCGACUAACCAUCUUUGGCACACACGUCGGAGGCUCUCUAGCUCUCAUGCUAGCUCUAACAGAAGCGCGAUGCAUCCAAGCCGUCGCCGCCGUCGACCCCAUUUGCGACUGGCCCGGUUUGGACGAGUACUGCACCCGCGAGAGCACCAUCACAAGACCCAAAACUAGAACAGGAGAUAAUACCACUCCAAACCCAACACCAUCAAAACAAAAGCGCCAAUCAAGAAAAAGGACCCCAGCACCGCCAGACCUAGUCCCCCUCCUCCAAGCGCGGUCAAACUUCUUCUCAACGCCAGAGCGCUGCUUCGACUCCUUCGCUUCGCCAAUCCUCUUCCUCCGCUCCGCAGGUCGGGACGUGCCGCGCAAAUUCCCGCAGUAUCUUACAGGGCCGGAGUAUCCCGUUCCCGUACUGAAGGAGACGCGGAGCACGACAGCAGAGCAAUAUGCUGCGUCCCACGGGUCGAUCUGGGAUCGAGAUGUGUAUCGCGACAUGGAUUCUGAUGACGUCGAUGAUGCUAGUGCUACUGUUAAUCGGCGUCGGAAGGCGCUUUCGCGCUGGCCGCCGUAUGGUCUGGAUUAUGGGCUUAGUGGGGAUACGUGGUCUGGGCCUGAUGAUGGGAUUGGGCGACUGGAAACGGCUUUGCCUUGGGUGCGGGUUUUCUCGAGAGAGGAUGGUACUGGUUUGACUUCUGAUUCUCUCGCUUCGCCUGCUACCGAGUUGAAAAAGAAGACUCGAGAGGGGGGUCAAGGGUCUACGGUUCUUGCUAAGCAGGCUGAUGAGAUGGUCUCUGCUAUGCGGCGGGCUUGCUUCUGGGGUCGCGAUAAGGGUGUUGGGGAGCGGAGGGUGACUUUAUCUCAGGUUCAGGGUUCUGAUAAUAAUCCGGCAGAGGAAGCGGGCGAUUGGUUCAAGGGUGUAUUUCAAAGAAAAUUGGAGGAUAUAGAUUAA